CAUUUGUCACAAGUUGUGGCCAAUCAUUACAAUAGUUUGCAAGAGAAGGGUAAAGACGCCCGAAAAGAGAGCCGUAUUUUUCAUUUAAGAAACUUUAACAAUUGGAUCAAAUCGGUGACAAUCGCCGAUAUUCUUAAGAGAAUAAGAGAUGAGAAGGGAUCUGAUUGUGAUAUUAAUGUGUUGGACAUCGGAUGUGGUAAAGGAGGAGAUCUUCUUAAGUACGAUAAGGGAAACAUAACUCAUAUCAUAUGUGCAGACAUUGCGGAGACAUCUGUGAAACAAUGCGAAGACAGGUAUAUGGAAAUGAAGAGAAGACAGGGCUCUAACAAUAGGGGUAAACACUUAUUUACUGCAGAAUUUAUUGCUGCCGACUGUACUCGAGAUGUGCUUAAAGACAAAUACAAAGAGCGAGAGAUUGAUUUAGUUUCCAUUCAAUUCUCAUUUCAUUACUGUUUUGAAAGUCUAUCGCAAACGAGAAGAAUGAUAGAGAAUGCGAGCCAUCAUCUGAGAAACGGAGGAAUAUUUAUCGGCACCACUACUGACUCGCAAGAAAUCAUUAAACGUUUGCGUAAAAGCGAAACAAACAGUUUCGGAAACAGUGUCUACUCUAUUAAGUUUGACGACAAAUUCAAUGAUACAAACUAUAAAAUACCCAUUUUUGGUGCUAAAUAUGACUUCCAUUUGGACGGAGUGGUCGAUUGUCCCGAAUUUCUGGUCUAUUUUCCAGUUUUUGAGGACAUUUGCAAAGAAUAUGAUUUGAAAUUAAUUUAUCGCAAAAAUUUCGGCCAAUUGUUUGACGAGAAUAAAGACAAGAGAGAAAACACACAACUAUUGAAUGUUAUGAAUGCUCUCGAACUCUAUUCAAAUGACACCAAGAAUUCAUUGAUUGGCGACAACGACACGGAUUACAAACACGCCAAACAAGCCCUCGAAGCCAUUUCAUCGGAUUCCCGCAGCAGACAGUUGGGCACUCUAUCUCAGUCCGAAUGGGAAUGCAUUUCUAUUUAUACUGCAUUCUGUUUCCGAAAAGUGUGUCCUAACGAUAAACCCUCCACUAAACGACACAAAACUGAUUAA